CCUUACUCCAUCCCGAGUUGUUGAUGACCAUAAAAAUGGGUAAAUCCCUCUCUUAUCCUUCACUGCCUCCUAUUCCAAUACCUGAAUCCUCUCUUCUUUGAAGCAUAAGCAGCCGCUCCCUCGAAUCUUAGCUCCGAAGUUGCUUACAAAACCCAGUAAAGAUGGGUCAGGUCUACAGACGCUUUUAGAAUCAGAGUUGUGUCAGCUUCGAUGGAUUCAUAUUCUCCUUUGGAUGCUGAAAAUGAGGUUCAGGAGGUUAAACUGCUUAAUGGAAUCAAUGAUGAGUAUGAAGGUGUCAUCGUUGAAAUGAAAGAACCCAUGGAUUCCAAUGCAUUUGCUUCGGCACUUAGAGCUUCGAUGGCACACUGGAGACAGCAGGGAAAGAAGGGAAUUUGGAUCCAAUUGCCUAUCGAGCUAGCAAAUUUGGUCGAACCUACUAUUAAGGAAGGGUUCUCGUACCACCAUGCAGAGCCAAAAUACUUAAUGCUAGUUUACUGGAUUCCUGAGGGGAUUAGCCCUCUUCCUGCAAAUGCCUCACACCGAGUGACAAUCGGCGCAUUUGUUAUGAAUGAUAAAAGAGAGGUGCUAGUGGUCCAAGAAAACCGUGGCGUGCUCAGCGGAAAAGGCAUUUGGAAGUUUCCUACUGGAGUUGUUGAAGAGGGGGAAGACAUUUGUGCAGCAGCAGUCAGAGAAGUCAGAGAAGAGACAGCAAUUGAGACAGAGUUUGUAGAAUUACUAGCUUUCAGACAAAGCCACAAAGCAUUCUUUGGGAAAUCAGAGUUGUUCUUUUUGUUCAUGUUGCGACCCCUCUCGUUUGACAUCCAGGCACAGGAAUCUGAGAUAGAGGCAGCUCAGUGGAUGCCAUGUGAGGAAUAUGCAGCCCAACCAUUUGUGCAAGAGGAUGAGUUGUUAAAAUACUUAUAUGAUAUAUGCUUAACAAAGAAAGAUAAGGGUUACUCUGGGUUUUCUCCGGUGCCUACGACUUCAAGCUUCUCAGAUAAGAAACACUACCUGUACAUGAACAGCAGUCACCUCAAUGGGAAGUAUGGCCGCAGCCUUUGAAGUUAUUACUCUGGGAGGGGAUACAAGUUCUGCACUUGGAUUUUUAAACUCAUGAAAUAAUAUAGCUUGUGCCUUGUAGUUUAUUGAGGUGACAGUCAAACAUAAAUAUUUGGUUCACUAAUCUCUUGUAUCAUUGAUUCUAGUUACUGCACUUUUGUUGAAUUUUUCUUUUUCUAUUUCUAUGGAUUGCUUCUUAGAUUGGCAGAUCUGUCAAAGAUACCAGUAACACUGGUAAUUGAAUUCUUGUAUCAUUGAUUCUAGUUACUGCACUUUUGUUGAGUGUUUUCUAUUUCUA